AUUUUUGAAAAUAUGGGCAUCGUGCACGUCUUUUGCUUUGGAAAUUUUUGAACGAGCAAAAAAUGAUUUCUACGGGUGGGAUUGAUGAAUAUUUGUGUAUUUGGAGAUGGACAGGUUUUUAUAAAAUUUUUUUAUAAUACUCUCGUUUAUAAUACUCUUUAUAAUACCCUCUAUAAGCCCCCCAAUUUUUAAAUUGUCAUACAAAUUUGCGGACAUCCGCAAAAAUUGUCCGCAAAUAUAGUAUUUUUAUGGGUUGCCACUGUCAGAUGGCCAAUGUGUGAGGGAGCUACCUAACAAAUAAGUGGUACUUCUAUGUAAGAUAAAGUCCACAAAGUUUCCGCAAAGGUGGCCACCCCCCCUUUGUGUGAGGGUGGUCACUGUCAGGUGGCCGCUUUGUGUUCAAAGCAUUUUUCCAAUUUUUAAAAAUCAAUCGGGAAUUCUUAAUUUGGUAUUCUCUAAAAAAUUUAAUUUUUGCGGACGUCAGCAAAAAAAUUUGCGGACUUUUUUAUUUUUUUUUUUAAGUUAAUUUCAUCUCGAAUGGGUGCUUUGGUUAGUGUUUGUCUUGCUCUUUCUGAAGUUGAUCAUUGUUCCAGUUUUGAACCAAGGCAUCUUUUUGAAUUUGGCUUGAACCUAAAUGCAUUUGUUGUAACAAAAAGUAAAGAUUCGAAUGCUUCCUCAAUGUUGUUUGCUCUGGACGAGUUAAGGUUUAUAUUUAAAAAUUUUUUUAAAGCCUGUAAAAUAUAA